AUGGCAGCUUAUAUUUUAAAUAAUUUGGUUCUUACACGAAAGCUCGCCAGAGGUGGUAUAUUUGUUGCCAUUGUGGUAUGUGUUUCAUUCAAGUUUUCAUUCAACCCGCCAGUGUUACAGAUGGAAACCGUCGUUGACUUUACAAGCAGAGAUUCGUCAUAUAUAUCUGGAGAAACCAUUAAACCCAAACACACAUUGAACAAUAUCGAGGUAGACAAAGACAGAAAAAAACUGAAUUCACACCGUGUAUCAACAACGGAUGUUUGGAUACCUGACACUACACGUAGUAGAAACUUCUUACAUACUUCAGAAAAAAAACAAACAACAGUUAGAGAAAUUAAAACAUUAGAUUCAGAAAGGAAAUAUACUUCCCAUCUUAAAUCGCGCAUUUUUAUAACAAAAUUCAGUGAUGAAAAACGAAUAAAAGUAAAAUCGUCUAAUUCAGUUUUUAUAUCGCAAAAUUGUAACUUAACUGUUACUUCUGCAAAACAGAAAGAACAGAAAGUGUAUAAAAAGCAUCCAAACGAAAGGGACUUUCAGGUGAUAGCGUCGGGGAAGUUCAUAGUAGAAGAUCUAAUGAAACAAGGUCCGUUUGAAAAUUUGAAAAACUACAGAAAUCCAUGUUGGAAGUAUGACGAUAAAAACUCUUCAGAGCCUCCAAUCCGAUGUCUGCCAUACUUUUAUUUGAUUGGAGCCCCGAAGUCAGGUACUACAGAUAUGCACCGGCGUUUGAUCAAACAUCCGGAAAUAUCAAAAUUGGUGAUAAAAGAACCUCAUUGGCUUACCAGGAAACAUUACUACGACUAUGGGGAAAACGGAGGGUAUUCCAAUUUGACUCAUUAUCUUAAAGUUUUUAAAUAUGCAACGAAGGAGUUGUUUUUGAGGAAUGAUUCUGGAGGUUUCCAUAACGUUAUAUUCGGUGAUUGUUCAGCGUCAACAUUGUGGGACAAUGACUAUUGGACUAUUUUGCCAGAAUUCAGAAACCUUUCAGAACCUCUAUAUACAAACGCUGAUUACAUUCAUCAUUUAAAUCCAAAUGCAAAAAUUAUUGUUAUGUUAAGAAAUCCAGUAGAAAGGUUGUACUCGGAUUAUUUAUAUUUUCAACACGGAAGAUCAAAGAUGUUUCACGAAGGAGUCAAGAACACACUAAAACAUACCUAUAAUUGUUUGAGAAACAACAGUUUACGUCACUGUUUAUAUACACCACCUAAGGAUUGUACUGGAAUAAUGGUAAGAAUUCGAAUUGGUGUUUAUCAUCUACAUUUAAAAGAAUAUUUCCGAGUUUUUCCACGUGAACAGAUACUUGUGAUCAAACUUGAAGACUUUUCAAGAAACACAGCUUCUUAUAUGCAACAAAUAUUUUCAUUUUUAGAAAUAAAGACAUUACAUGCAAACGACUUAAAUAAGAUUGCAAAUCCAGAUCUGCAUGCUAAUGCAAGAAGAAAGAAAGAUCAUAAAGCAGGGGAAAUGUUACCAGAAAGCAGAAAGAUGUUGGACAACUUUUACCGUCCUCAUAAUGAUCUUUUAUCGAAUCUCAUAGGAGAACAAUUUAAUUACAAUAGAGAUUAUGUUUGAAUAUCUUAAAAUCCCUAUAUGCAUUUUUUUGAAAAGUUAAGGGUAUCUAAAUUUAUGUAUUAUAAGAAAUGCAUCGGAAACAAAUAGUAACAUUGCAUAUCAUUGUUAUUAUUUAGUAAAAUAUAUGAAUAUCGAAUUACAGGAGUUACAAAGUAAAUGCUCGAUUAAAUAAUGCUUCCAUAACAGCCAGUAUGCAAUAUUAUGGUGAGCAUGCAUUAUCAUCAGUGUUAUUAACCCACUACUGCAUGAGCGUUGUGUGAAAAAUGGCGGUUUUCAUUGAAAAGUCUUAUUCUUAGAGUUUACGAAAAGUAGAAUAAUCUCAAUGCAAGUAAUAAAUUACUGAAUAUGUAAUAAAAAAAUUUUUCGCAAUAUUUAUCACCGUAUUUCUACUGUCUGACUUACGCAAUAUGGGUAUU